AUGGAGGGACGAGAGGUGGACCUUCUUUUUGGGCUAGAUAUGCUUAAAGCUCACCAAGCUUGCAUUGAUUUGGCGAAAAAUGCCCUUAUCAUACAAGGCAGAGAGGUGCAAUUCUUGCCUGAGCAUCAGCUACCAGCGAAAGCUCGAGACAAUCCGAUUCCGAUCGACGAACCAAGCAGUCCAUUAUCGAGGCGAACGACCUUUGGUAGUGGGGUAUCCGGCAAUCCGAGUCAACGGCAAGAUUCCAGUUUCCCUGGAACGGGUCAGGCGCUUGGGGCGACGCGGUCUGGUUCAUCGAACACACCACAACCGCGGCAUGAAACGCGCCCAUCAAGGUACCCCGAGUCGGACAUAAGUGCACUUGUUGGUCUAGGUGUUACUAGAGAACAGGCAAUUAGAGCUUUGGAUGCAGCUAAUGGUAAUGUGGAGAUUGCUGCCGGUUUGUUGUUUUAA